AUGGAUAAAAGUAAAAGCCAUCGCUGGCUACUGUGGAUGAUAUGGCUAUGCCUCCAAGUGGUCGUGGGACAAGCAACGCUGGAGGAUCAGCCAAGUGUCAAGACAGAAUGGUUCAGUUUUCCCUGGUCGCGGAAUAACAAAACCAAUAAGGGACCACAGUUGAGCGGAGGCUUGCAGCUGAAAGAUGACUAUGGUCAGGUGGAUAUAUCCAGUUUCAGUGGCUUCGAGCGACAUCCUUGUCGCCGGGUUUGCCAGCAAGGACAAUCGCAGAGCUGUUACUAUCAGUUGGUGGUGCACAACUAUCGUCGGUUGGGAUCGGAGUGCCAACGUUGUCCGUAUGAUGAACGAGCCUGCGCCUCGGAGAACUGCAUCUAUGGAGAUGGCGUCUCCAAUCCCAUUAUGGCCGUGAAUCGCAUGGUGCCGGGUCCGGCGAUAGAGCUCUGUGAGAAUGACACUGUUGUGAUUGAUGUGCUCAACUAUUUGGGUGAAUCCACCACAAUGCAUUGGCAUGGCAUUCACAUGUCGCGCACUCCGGAGAUGGAUGGCGUUGCCUAUGUCACACAGUAUCCCUUGGAGCCGGGUGAAGUGUUUCGCUAUGAGUUCCAAGCGGAUCGCAGUGGUUCCAUGUGGUACCACAGUCACAUGGGCUGGCAGCGUGGCUUUGGAGUAGCUGGUAAUCUGAUUAUUCGACAGCCACAUCAGGCUAAUCCUCAUGCACGUCUCUAUGACUACGAUCUGGUGGAGCAUGCUCUGUUGGUGCAGGACAUCUUCUAUGACUACGACUUCCAGCAGGUGCGCAACAUUCUCAUCAACGGCAAGGGACGCAAUCAUCUCAGUCAGCUGCCGGAUCAGGAUGACAGGCAUCGCUAUGAAAGAUUAAGAGUCACACCUGGCUACCGCUACCGCAUACGAGUUCUCUACAAUGGCAUCUUCAACUGCCCGGUGGAGUUCUCCAUUGAACAGCACAAGCUCCUAAUCAUUAGCACCGAUGGCAAUGACAUUGAGCCCGUCCUGGCAGAUGGCUUCUUUCUAACCUCCGCAGAGCGUUUUGACUUUGUGCUGGAGGCGAAUCAAUAUGCCAAGAAUUACUGGAUACGUGUGCGUGGCUUUGAGCAGUGUGAGGAGCGCAAUAUUUAUCAAGGAGCAGUGCUAAGCUAUCGAGGAGCUGCUCGCACUGAGUUGCCCCAAGGCAGCAUUUUGGAUGGCCAGCAGACUAGAGAUCUCCAUGAUCCUCCCAUAUACAUAAACGAUUUUCGCUAUAGUUUCUCAAAUGAGUCAAUUAUCACGCUACGACAGUCGAGUCCGGACAAGGAUGUGGGCACUGUGUCCUUGCGCUCACUGGAGCCCGUUCCCUGGCCCAGAUAUACCAAAUUCCUGACGCACUAUUCCAGCCUGAGCCAACGGCAGGCACCAAAUGGCGAGCAAUUGUUUCAAAUUGACGAGAUCAGCUAUCUUUCUCCAGGCAUUUCGUUACUACAAGGACGUCAUCUCUACCAAGAUGAUGGCUACUUCUGCAAUCGCAGCUCCUUGGCCGCCCAGGGACGCAACUGUGCCCGGGAACUGUGCGAAUGUGUCCAUGUGAUACGCUUGCCAGCCUAUCGACCCAUUGAAAUGGUCGUGGCCAACUACAUGGAUGGCACGCAUCCCAUUCACAUGCAUGGCUUCACCUUCCGCCUGGUCGGACAGGGUGUCCUGGGUAAUCAGAAUGAUCUGAGAAAUAUUCGCGAAUUGGAUCGUCGAGGACGUCUGUCUCGACUGCCUGACGAUUAUGCUGCUGUCGCCAAGGACACGGUGCAAGUUCCUGGUCUGGGCUACGUUAUAUUGCGCUUCAUCUCGGACAAUCCGGGAUUCUGGAGUUACCAUUGUCACAUUGAGUCACAUGCGGUAAUGGGCAUGGCAGCCGUGCUCAAGAUCGGCGAGGACCAUCAAAUGAAACGGAUUCCAGCUCGAGUUCGUUGUUAAAUCUCCCAACCUAGAUCUAAGCACACC